AUGUCUGUCAGCGUUGAAGAUGAUUCUGAUGGUGGUGAAAGUAAAUCUAAGAAUAUGUGUGUCAAUGAUGAGGAAAAUUCUGAAGGUGGUAAAGGUGAUUCUGAAGAUAAUAAAGAUUAUUCUGAAGACGAUGAAGAUGAUUCUAAAAAUGAUUCUGAAAAUAAUGAAGGUGAUUCUGAAAGUGAUGAAGAUGGUUCUAAAGGUGAUUCUGAAGGUGAAUGUGUCGAUGGUAAAAGUGAUACUGAUGAUAAUUCUGAAGAUGAAAAUAGUCCAGCAUUACCGCCGUUAUCAGAUUCACGUUCUCCAUGGAUCGCACAGUUUCAUCCUCCUUUCACACAACAAUUUCAAUCUUCAACAAAGUGUUCUGAUGUAUUACCAUCAUCUCCGAUUCAAACGUUUAGAAAACUCUUUAGUGAUGAUGUUUUCAAUUUGAUACAUGAGCAAACAAAUAUUUAUGGGAAGUAG